AAUCGUCACUUAUCCCGUCGUUCCCGAGUACCGGCGGCUGGCGGCGCGCGGCGAGGCAAGUGCGGCGGCCUCGGAGUCGGAGGGCCAGCCAGGCUCUCCGUCACGGAGGCGGCGAGAAGCUCAAACUAGAGCCGUAGGUAGCCAUGCCUCUUGUUUUCGCAUUGUUGGAUGCCGCGAAGCAACAUCGGCUUCGCGGUUUCCGCUGCGAGCGCAUCCACCGUUCGAGUAAGGGGAUGCCGGCGAGAUCUGGGCGCAGGCGUCGGCGCGGCUGCAAUCGCGGCCGCGGCGGCAGGGAGCAGGCGAACGAGGUCUGUCGGCGAUGGCGCCGUGCCAUUCGGCCGUCGAGGCCACUACCAGCUCAGAUUUGAAGAUAUGAUGUUGAGGCUUAAACUGGUCGUGGAGGUUGUAAGUGCCAAUGGCCUUUCGGACCGCCAAGAGCUACUGAAUCCAUUUGUUCAGCUUCAUUUUGCUGGGCAAAGUUACACUACAUCGAUCAAAAGGAUGGUUCGCUGCCCUGUAUGGUCAGAGAGGACCACUUUUGAUGUGCUGGACAAACAAAGGCUUCCUUCUCUUACUCUUGAAGCUUCUGUCUACAAUGCCAUUGAUGGCUGCCAGGUUUUCCUUGGCAAGGUCCGGCUUUCUGGGGCUACCUUCUCUGAAUCAACUGAUGAAGUCAUCAAAGACUAUCAGCUGAAGGGUGGACUAUUCAAGCGAUCAAAGGGAGUGCUACUUCUUAGAGUAUUUCUGAAAAAUGAAGCCCCUGUAUCACAAGUUAUUCGCCCUCCAGUUCCGCGACGACCCCUGCAGGUUCCUGUGGAUGCUGUACCAAAGGAAAUUCAGCCUAAGUUUGAAGAUGGGAUGAUUGUUUGGCGUACACAUUACUUGUUUGUACGUGUGGUUAAGGCUCGUUGCUUGCCUAAUGUGGACAUCGACGAAAAACCCGAUCCCUAUGUAGAGGUAAAUGCUGGUAACCUUAGAGGCAUCACCAAGUUUGCCCACGAGGAGCAGAAUCCAGAGUGGAACUCAACUUUUGCCUUCUCCAAACGCCAGUUGGACAGUGCCCAAGUAACUAGAAUCUAUGCUGUUAUCUAUGAUGGGGUAACAUUUGGUUUUAUUGGGUUGGUGUCAUUUGACCUAAAUGAUGUUCCUUUGCGUUCCCAAAAUGACAAACCAGUGGUACCACAGUGGCACCGUCUUAUUGACGAAAGCGGAAGGACAACUCAAGGCGAGUUGAUGCUUUCAGUUUGGAGGGGCACGCAGGCUGAUGAGGCAUUCAGUGAGUCAUGGAAGUCUGAUUGGUUAGAGGCAAGUGUGACUGCAAGACCCCACAUUGUGCCCAAAGUGUAUAAUUUGCCAAGGCUGUGGUGUCUGCGUGUCCAUAUAAACGAGUUUAAAUGUAUUUCACUCGCUUCUGGAACCAAAUUUGUAGAGGCAUGGGUCAAAGUGGUGGUAGGUUGUCAGCAUAAGAGGACGAAGAUAGUGAAGAAGCCACUAGCCCAUUAUGUCUGGGAUGAAGAACUGACAUUUGUUGCUGCAGAACCAUUUGAGGAUGGCCUUCAAAUUUCUGUCUACGCACAUCUAGUGCCUCGCAUAGGCGAGGUUAUUGGUCAAACUGUCAUACCCUUGGAAACAGUUCAGCGUCAAGUUGGGGGUCUCUCUACUGGACUUGAGAGGCAAUGGCUUGAUCUUCAAAUUCCACCCAAUGCAUCAGAUUCCGAUGGUGGUGGGGUUGAGUUGACUGUGUCAUCGUGCCGGAUUAAUCUCACUACCUGCCUCGAUGGUGGAUAUGGUGCCCAGUAUGGCUUUGGAGAGUACACAAAGGACUUGAGACUAGCAGCUGAGAAAACCUCAAAUCCUCCAGUUGUUGGCUUGUUUGAACUUGGCAUUCUUGGAGCUCAGGGCCUCCCUCCUAUCAGAAGAGGAAAUGGGAGAUUUUCGCUGCAUCCAUAUUGUGUGGCAAAAUAUGGCCGGAAGUGGGUACGAACUCGUACCAUCAUCAACAACUGCCAUCCUUCAUUCAAUGAGCAGUACUCAUGGGAUGUGUACGAUACAGCAACCGUCCUGACCAUUGGACUGUUUGAUAAUGGCCUGGUGGAAGAGUCUAGUUCAGGCAAGUACAAGGAUGUCAGCAUUGGAAAAGUACGGAUACGCCUUUCCAAUCUCCAACCUGGCCGGAUCUAUUCUCAUGGGUACCCUCUUCUCAUCCUACAGCCUGCAGGGGUGAAGAAAUUGGGUGAACUGUACCUAUCAGUAAGAUUUACCACAAGAUCAUUAGUAAACACCGUGCGUAUGUAUGCAUCCCCCAAUCUACCAACAAUGCACUAUGAGGACCCUCUUUCAGUGAUCCUGAAAGACAAUUUGGAGCUCCCUGCUAUCCAGAUUGUCACAUCCCGACUGAGCCGGAUGGAACCACCCCUAAGCAAGGAAGCCGUGGAAUACAUGUUUGACGUGCAAAGCAACUUUUGGAGCUGGAGGAAAAGCAGGGUCAACUGGAACAGAAUCAUGUCAGUCCUCUCAAUCUUCAACACAUUUUGGAGAUUGUUUUCCUAUAUUUGUUCAUGGCAGAAUCCUGCAGUCACUUUGCUGGCCCAUGCUGUUUUCCUCCUAGCUCUUGCGUUUCAUCAGUUCAUACUCCCAUCAGCGCUCUUAUAUAUCUUCUUGAUUACAAUAUGGAACUACCGGUGUCGGCCAAGUUAUCCUUCGCACGCUGAUAUCAAGAUAUCUUUAGCAGACACAGUACACCCAGAUGAGCUCGACGAGGAAUUUGAUACCUUCCCUACUUCUCGGACCAUUGAUUUAGUAAUGAUGAGGUAUGAUAGACUAAGGAGUAUCGCCGGCAGGAUACAGGCGGUCAUGGGAGACGUGGCAUCGUGUGGGGAGAGGAUUACUUCAUUGACAACAUGGAGGGAUCCAACGGCAACAGCAAUAUUUGGGUUCUUUACUUUAGCAGCAGCCAUUAUGCUCUUCUUUACACCAUGGAAAAUUCUUGUCGCAAUAGCUGGAGCCUACACCAUGAGGCACCCCAAGCUUUGGCGGAAGACGCCAUCAUUUGUCAGGAACUUCUACCAGCGAUUGCCACAGAAGACAGACAGUUUGCUCUGAAUAUCUUCUGUAAUAUGUGCUGUUUCUUGAGUCUGUUGGUUGCAACUCUAUUGUGAUACUUUCUCAUGUUACUUUGUUCUGUUCCUUUUUUUUUUAAACGAAUUGUUCUGUUCCUUUAGUCUGUUAGUUGCAACUCUCUUCUGUAAACUCUUUGUUGUGUCAUCGGGCCUGGCUGUAAGAUUUCAUUUCCAUGCUUAGUAA